GUUCACCCUUUCUCGCAGGCAGGUAUCGUAGGCCACCGCCCGCGAUCGCGCAGCCCCGGGGCCUCCGUCUGGCAGCGCCGUCGGAACCAAAACAAGACUGCGACGCGAGCGACCCACGUGCGGGCGGCUGCUCACUAAGGAACAAUGGGGAAAAAUGCUAUAAAUACCCAGAAAAAGAAACUAGCUAAAGCCCAGAAGAAAAAGGCAGCCAAACCAAGCUUAGAAACCCUUUCCACAGCAGAACUACUAGCCCGAGCACAAGAGUACAUUGAUUGUUUCCAGUAUGAAAAUGCCCAAAAAUAUUGCCAAGAAGCUCUUAAAAGAGAACCUGACUAUGUUCCUGCUUUAGAGACCUCUGCCACACUGUGUCUUGAGACUGGAAAUCUUGAUGGCGCAAAACACUGCCUUGGGCGUGCCAUCACACUCCAACCAGAUGAAGGGUAUUCAAAGUAUUUAUCCAUGGCACAACUCAUGGAAGGUAAUGACUCACUGCAGUGCUAUCAAAAAGGAAUAGAAAUAUUGAGUGAAACUGUUGCUCUAGCACAGAAGUCUGAGAAUAACAUAAGUAAAGAUACACCUGAAGCAGAAAAUAUGGGUGCUGAAAAUGGAACAAUAAAUGAGGAAAUGUUAUCAGAUGGAGCCAAAGCAGAUGUGAAUGAACAACCUGAAGAAUUGAAAGAAGAGAAGGCUGCUUUGAUACGUAAAAUUUCAACGGCAUGUUGUUCAGUAGCUGAAUUGUACAUGACUGAUCUUUGUGAUGAGGAAGAAGCAGAGAAUCAGUGUCUUGCAUACAUAAACAAGGCCAUAGAAGCAGACUCUAGCAAUCCAGAAGCUUUCCAGUUUAUGGCCAGUUAUCAUUUGGUAAGGCAACAACCUGAUGAAGCCAGGACAUUUAUAAAGAAGUCAAUAGAUCUUUGGUUACCCAAGUAUAAAGAUGUUCAUGAAGGAAGGGCAGAAGCAGGAACCUUUGAUCCAGUUGAUGUGUGUCCAUUAUCAUACCCAACAAGACUGAGUGCCGCUAGAACUCUUAUUGAAGUCCAAGAAUAUGACAUUGCUGUAGAAGUCCUAGAAGGGUUGUCAGAGGAAGAUGACGAG